GGCUGAAAAGGAAGAGGAGCCAACCUUUUGUUUUCGAUUUCUGUAGUAGGAAUGAGUUGCACCUUUACUUGGUAGUUUUGACAGGCACAGAGAUGGGUGACUUCCCUGUGAACCCUCUGGUUGUGAUUGGUGUCGGGUCCAGCUUUGCCUUCUCCGGCCUGUUUUAUCACUUAUACAAAGAAAAGAAGAAAGAGUUGAAAGAGCUGAAGGAAAUUCCCGUUUUCAGGCCAGAUGAACAUUUGGCCAGGGUGCUGAAAGCCUCUCCCCAUAGGCGACUCCAGUAUGUUGCUGUUGAAGGUCAGGUCCAGGCAGAUGGGGAACCUCUGGCCAGCCAGUUCAUCCCACGAUGCUUUGGUGUGAUUCAGAAGAUAUCUGCAGUGGAGCACUGGAAAUACUGGGACUCGAUUGCCAAGACAUGGAACUCCCGGACAGCCUACGCGAAAGAGACCAAUAACUCCGUGCCCUUCAGUCUGAUCAGCCGAGGUGCCUACAUCUCUGACAUAUCUGUGAGGGUGCACAACCCUCUGGAGGCCUCCGGGUGCUUCAUGGAAAGGGUUUAUUAUAAAAUGAGACGUGCUGAGGAGGCCCUUGUGAAUGUAUUACUGCUGGGCCUGACCAGGGAGAAGCCAGUGGCCAUGGAAGAGACAGAGGAGAUGCUGCGUGUGGGGAGCAACAUGACAGGGUUUGGAGAGGUGGUGCUAGAGGGGGGCCAGGUGAUGAGGCUGCAGGCCCCGAGGGACGGCCGCAAGUACAUCCUGGUGCCCACUGACCACAAGAGCUUCAUGGACAGCCACGAGUCCUCAGCCAGCAUGUGGAAGACGCUGUCUGCUCUUACUGGGAUAACUGGGGCUUCUGUUCUAGCCUGUGUCAUUUAUAACUUGAUGGAAAAACGAGACAACAGAUCAAAUUAGGGCAGCAGAGGAGGAGCCUCACGCAAGUUGAGCAGGUUGCUAAACUGUGUCAAAGCCUUUUGCGUGCCUCUUUAACCACAUCUCAGUGCUGAUAUGUUGUGACAUGCAGUUUCUUGCCAUAUGGGAAGGCAAGUUUAGGGCUUUUCUGGCAUGGCUGUGGGUGGGGAAGAAUUAACAAAACAGGAAGCACAUGUUUAAUAUUGGGGGGAGGGGACUCUUCUGAAUAUACAUCCACUGUAAACAUGACAGUUAAGAAAAACCCAGACAGAAGCUGAGUUUUCAUGAACAGUUGUAUACUCUAAAACACAUUAAUUUUAUAUUUUGCCAGAUUUUGGUUUGCUACUGUGAUUAUAUGCUGUCACCUUUCACCUGAAGCUUAAUCAAAGUGUUAUUUUUGUAAUGAAAUCAUAUUUUUCUAAUCACUUGAGAUUAAAAUAAGUUUGAGGUUUGGGGAAGCUCGUGGUAUAGCCACAGAUUGUGCGUCCAAACUUUUAAUUUUAUGGUUGUAGUUUUUGCUUUGCUUUUACUGUAGGUGCAUUCAAACUCUGUCCUCAUGUGACAUGGAAAUCAUUCCACCUCCACCACCAUGGAGGCUCUUCCAGUCUUUAAUAGGAGGUCAAAGUAAGG